AUGUCACCACAUUAUUUUAUCCCACACCAUUGUAAUCUUAAACCUGACAGUACCACUACCAAGUUACGUGUGGUAUUUGAUGCAUCAUCCAAAACAACUUUAGGACAAUCUCUCAAUGAUUUACUACACAUCGGACUAACUGUUCAAAUAACAUAUGGUACUAGAUCAGCACCAUAUCUAGCAACCAAAUGUUUGCAAGCUUUAGCUGAUGAGAAUAUGCAAAAUUAUCCAUUAGGUGCAUCUGUUCUCAAAGAAAACUUCUAUGUAGAUGAUUGUUUACACGAGGCAGAUAGUUUGAGAACAUUGUUGGAAACUCAGAGUCAGUUAAACAAAAUACUGACAGCAAGCGGUUUUAAAUUGCGAAAAUGGUGCGCAAAUCAUCCUAGUUUACUACAAGGGAUUCCACACGACGACUUAGAAGUCAAUUUAGACUUAGAAAACAAUAACGAUACAACAAAAACUCUUAGAUUAUCCUGGUGUCCAAAAUCUGAUAGUUUAUGCGACAAGGUUAAAUUGGAACCUGUUUGCAGCACGACGAAGCGCAGCGCAACCUCAGAUUUAGCAAGGCUAUUUGAUCCACUAGGACUUUUGUCACCAGUUGUGGUGAUGGCAAAGAUCUUUAUUCAAGAAUUAUGGAAUUUAAAGAUGGAUUGGGAUAAAAAACUGCCGACUGAACUACAUAAACAGUGGCGAAGUUCAUGCCAACAUUCAAUUACACAUCUUUACAGAUGCAUCAGAAAAGGCAUAUGGCGCUCAGCGUAUUUGCGAUCAACACUUCAGAAUGGUCAAAUUAUUAUACGACUAUUGUGCGCCAAAUCUCGGGUUGCACCUUUGAAAAGGUUGACGUUACCUCGUCUCGAACUUUGUGCAGCUGUGGUUGGUGCAGAACUAGCAACAAGAAUAAAGAACGAUCUACAAAUAAGAAAUUACCAGACGUUCUUUUGGUGUGAUUCACAAAUAGUGAUAUCAUGGAUCAACUCUCCAUCAUCAAAGUUUCACACUUUCGUUACAAACAGAGUAAGCAACAUUCAUCAAUUAACAGCCACAAGUCAGUGGCGCCACGUCAGUUCGGAACACAAUCCAGCUGACAUUUUAUCAAGAGUCCUUGCACCCCAUAAACUACAGUCGUCAAGUGUGUGGUUUUAUGGACAUAUGUUCUUGCAUGGUCGGGAAGAAUUGUGGCCUUCAAAACCAUCAACAGCGUUAAAAUCCGAAACCCUCAUUGAUCCUGAACGGAAGAAGGAAACUCCAGUAUCUACAUUGUCUGUUGUUGAAUGGACAGCAAAUCCUGGAGAGUUCAUAUACUCAAUACGACACAACAACUCAUUUGGAAGACUUCAACGGAUAUUAUCGCAUAUAUUAAGAUUCGUAAAAGGAACCAGAAGAAUACAAAAUGAUCAUUCAAGCAAUUUUUUGACUCCUGAUGAUCUAGAUGCAGCACAUCAGGUCAUCAUCAAAAGUAUUCAAUAUGCAGAAUUCAAAAAUGAAAUCAAAAUUAUGAAAUCUGAUGGAAGAAUAAAUAAGUCCAGCGCAUUGGCAUCACUGGCACCUUAUAUUGAUAAUAAGGGCAUCAUAAGAGUUGGUGGACGUUUGGAUGCAGCCUCUUUAUUGUAUGACGCAAAACAUCCUAUGUUGUUGCCUUAUAAUGACCCCAUUGUCAAAUUAAUUAUGGAACAAGUCCAUAAGAAAUACAUUCAUUGUUGUCCGCAGUCUCUCCUAGCUAACAUGCGUCAACGAUACUGGCCAAAUAAGUACAAAUUGAUGGCAAGUACUAAGACGACUUCACUAACAUAUGAGGAACUAGAGACUGUGGUAUUAGAAGUCGAAGCAAUACUGAACUCUCGACCAUUGACACCUAUGUCGAGUAAUCCGAAUGACUUGUCAGCACUAACACCUGGUCAUUUCUUAAUCAGAGAACCGCUCACAGCAAUGGCAGAUGCAAAUGUCCAAUCAGGAAAUAUAAAUUUGGUGACAAGAUGGAAAUUAGUUUCUCGCCUCAAAUUGGACUUUUGGGAACGUUGGAAAACCGAGUACCUCACUGAACUAUAA